CUCUGGGCAGUCAUUGGGCGGCGUGAUCUGGCCGCGGUUCCGCUCCCCUGCUGCCGCCACCAGCAGAGCGCUCCGGGCUAGCCGGGCGAAGGGCCAUGGCGGGUGCAGUGGACGAGUCGGGUCAGCAGCCGGAGCUCGACGAGGAGGAGGCGGCGUAUUCCAGGCGCUGGGGCGCGCAGCACGCCGGGGCCCGGGAGCUGGCCGCGCUCUACUCGCCAGGUAAGCGCUUCCAGGAGUGGUGCUGUGUGGUCGUAUGCUUCGGCCUCAUUGCCUACAACUUGGUUCACCUCCUGCUGCUGGCCCGCUGGGAGCACACACCCCUCGUCAUGCUGGGUGUCGUUGCAGGGGCUCUCAUUGCUGACUUCUUGUCUGGCCUGGUGCACUGGGGAGCUGACACUUGGGGCUCCGUGGAGCUGCCCAUUGUAGGGAAGGCUUUCAUUCGGCCAUUUCGGGAGCAUCACAUCGACCCCACGGCCAUUACACGGCACGACUUCAUCGAGACCAAUGGGGACAACUGCCUGGUGACACUGUUGCCUCUGCUAAACAUGGCCUACAAGUUCCGCACUCAGAGCCCUGAAGCCCUGGAGCAGCUGUACCCCUGGGAGUGCUUUGUCUUCUGCCUGACCAUCUUCGGCACCUUCACCAACCAGAUCCACAAGUGGUCACACACGUAUUUUGGGUUGCCAUGCUGGGUCACCCUCCUGCAGGACUGGCAUAUCAUCCUGCCUCGUAAACACCAUCGCAUUCACCAUGUCUCACCCCACGAGACCUACUUCUGUAUCACCACAGGCUGGCUCAAUUACCCUCUGGAGAAGGUGGGCUUCUGGCGACGCCUUGAGGACCUCAUCCAGGGCCUGACAGGCGAGAAACCUCGGGCAGAUGACAUGAAAUGGGCCCAGAAGAUCAAAUAAUUCCUCCGAGCCUGCCAGCUCAUUGCCAACCUACCCUAGCCCCCCAAACCGAAGCCAUCUGCCAAAUUCCAGCCUCCUCGCACUGGCCCCUUCAGGUGGAGAGGACACCUCCUGGGCUGGGCCCAGGCACCCCCAGCCCACCCCUCCUGACACAGAAUACUUGAGCCACUAAUUUUUCAUUUCCUUUUUUUCAUUUUCUUUCCUUGGUCCUUCCAAGCCACCUGAGCUGCUCUGUCUGCCACUUCUGACUCUGCAGAAAAAGGAGCCGUGCCCUGCCAGCCAUCCCUUGGGUAAAGACAGAGAGAGUCCACCCACUCCCUGCACUCUUACCACCCCUAGCCCCUCUGGGCAGCCCUUCAGCAUGGCUGGCGUUGGGCCCACUGAGUUGUCUUAUCUGUCCCUCCUUGUCUUCCCACAGUGGUCCAGGAGCCCCCAGGCACACCUAAUUAUCCCUGGAGAAUCUCCCUGCAAACUGACCCCUAAGUCUAGCCACCACCUUCAGACUAGCCUGUCCACCCAAGGAUGGCAAAAUACAGCAAGGGUCUGAGGGCGGCCGGCUGGCCAAAGAGGCCAGCAUUGCCUGCCUGUCUGGACCACGCCCCUCCCCAUCUGCCCAUGUGAUUCCAGAGCUGCUGUUCCUAAUCAGAGGAUGUCUUGGCAGGGCACAGUCCCUGCAAAGGGUCUUGGUCAUUAGGAAGGGGACACAGUGUCCCCUUUGGUCCGGGAUGUCAGAGAGGGAAGAGUGGGGCUUUGUGUGGUUUUUUUUUUUUAAGGUGCUUGCUUGUUUAAUGUAAAUAAUAGAAAGCCUUAAUAUCUUUUCUGUAACACGGAGUAAUAAUUUAAUGUCACGUUUUGGAUGUACAUAAUAUAUUUAUAACAAAGCAGCAAGAGCCUACUUAACCUCGGCUGCCUCGUGUUUCCUGGUUGGCUGGGGGAGGCGGGGCAAGGAUCCUGAACGAUGAGGCCCCACCUCUACCCUGUUCCCAGCCCUAGGCUUCGGAUGGGGGCUUUGUCACCUAAGACAGUGAAUUAAUGUUGACAUCUGCUCCAAACUCUCUUGAAGGGAAUUUAUGAUUUGGUGAGGAAUGGUCUUUGUGCAGGAGAUCAUGGUGAUAGCAUAAUGAAGACUGAUCCCUAUUUGUGAAUUUCUUCAGCAAAUGUUAUUGGCACCUGCUGGGUACCAGGCUCUGACCUGGACACAGCUCAGCAGUGAACAAACAAAUGAGGACUUACCUGGUAGAAUCGACCUCCUGGGAAGAGAGACAAUAAACAUAAAUAAAUGCA